AUGCGCCACCGCAUCUGCCAGCGCGCCGCAUUUCCCGCUUUAACCCGCACCUCCCCUCCACGCCUUCCCCUUGCGCCAACAGUCGACUCCCCCAGUGGCUCCCCGCGUCGCUCUUUCAGCGCCGAGCGCCCGCCAGUCGCGUCGCGCCACGGGCAGGCGUCGCCCGCGCGGGCGCGCGCCGUGCUACAGUCGCAGUCGGACAGCGAGGGAGGCGCGAAUGGGAACGGGACAGGUGUCCCGCUGCGAGUGGCGUACCAGGGCGUGCCGGGCGCAUACAGCGAGAUGGCGGCGAUGCGUGUGUACCCGGGGUGCUCCCCCGUACCCUGCGACCAGUUCGACGACGCCUUCAAAGCGGUGGAGCAGUGGCUGGUGGGGCGCGCGGUGCUGCCGAUAGAGAACAGCCUGGGGGGGUCGAUCCACCGCAACUACGACCUGCUGCUGCGCCACCGCCUGCACAUCGUGGGCGAGGUGCACCUGCCCGUGCACCACUGCCUGCUCGCGCUGCCCGGCACGCACACCACCCAGCUCACGCGCGUGCUCUCACAUCCCCAGGCGUUGGCGCAGUGCGAGGCGACGCUGAAUGGGUUGGGAGUGGUGCAGGAAGCCGUCUACGACACGGCUGGGGCUGCUCAGAUGGUGGCGAAUCAGAAGAUGGAGGGCGUGGGGGCAGUGGCGAGCACGCGGGCGGCGGAGAUCUACGGCCUUGAGAUCCUGGCGGAGGGCAUUCAGGACGAGGCGGACAACUUCACGCGCUUCCUGGCGCUGGCGAGGGACCCCGUGCUGCCCUCCACCGACCGCCCCUUCAAGACGAGCAUAGUGUUCACAUUGGAGAAGGGCGCGGGAGUGCUCUUCAAGGCGCUCUCCGUCUUCGCCCUCCGCGACAUCAACCUUACUAAGAUAGAGUCGCGGCCGCACAGGGACAAGCCUCUCUAUGUGGACUGGUUGGAUCGCUCCUCCCUCGCUGCGCCCGCCAUGCCCCUCUCAGAGACCCCUGCCGCCGCCUCUCAAGACAGCGCCAUGGCGUACCAGUCGUUCGACUACCUCUACCCCAUGGACGUCAACCCCAUGGACGUCAACCCCAUGGACUACUCCCCUCCGCCCCACCCUCCAGCCUCUGAGGAAGCUCGAGCUGCCUCAGGCCAGACGUGGCUGUUGAUCACGCUGACUGCACUCACUCUGCGCCCUGCUCACGUGUGUGUCCCCCCCCCACCCCAUCAGGAGAUGGCGCCAUUCCUGCGAGUGCUGGGCAGCUACCCCAUGGACGUCAACCCCAUGGAGCCCCCCUCCUCCUCCACACCCUCACCACCCGCCACCCUCUGA